UUCCUGACGAGAGGGAGGUAGAGUCAAAGCAGUCAGAGAAGAGAGGAGAGAGAGAUGGAAAGGAGGAGGAGGAGGAGGGGAAGCGGUGCCUGACGCAGUGUGAGAGGCAGAAACUGAGAGGAGAGAGACGGAGAAGGAGGGAAGCAGAGCGCAUCACAUCAGACGCUGCUUUGCAUCCCAAAAAAUCUCAAUCACCACAUCAGUAGCCGCUGCGACCGACGGAGCCCCAUCCCGGUCACAGCUGCUCUCAGAGACCACAGAAGAGACAGGAGACAAGCUGGGGCAAAAAUUCAAAUAAACAACAAAAAACAACAUAGAGAUACAUCACUGAGACGCACGUACACCGCCGGAGGCAGCGAGCGGACCUGAGAAGCGCCGUCUCCCUGCUUGCUGGCAUCUGGAUCCGGAUCAGACACAUCCCAGAGUGGACCAAUCCCUGACCCUGUUAAUUCAACGUCCGUGUUGAUGUCAAUUCUUCAGUGGAACAAACCAAGAAACACAGUCUGCAUCCUCAGGCCCAAACAGCUUCCUUGAUAAUGGAAAAACAUAUAGCUGCUGUGUGUAGAAAAUUUGACAGUCUCAGUUAUUGACGCCACAGACCAGCAGGGAGAGGACAACCACACACACCCCUUACCGUCGGGUGGGCGAUAAAGGAGUGAUGUGAAAGUGUGCAGAAACCGAAGGCUCAGCUGGUUCACAGAAGAUCUCCAUGUGCAAAGGGACGACUUCUCACACCAAGGGAAGACCAACAAGCCCUGAGGAAGAAUGAGAAGAGGCGCCUGUAGAAUCAGAGAUGGCCACAGAAGACAUGAAAAUCAGUCUGGCAUCACGACAAACUCAGCUUGCCUAUUUAUACCUAAAAUAACAAAUUUGAACUUUAUUUAGGCCUUUGAUAUUGUUUAUUUAGACACACAAACUGCCAGUAAAGUGCCAUAUCUUAUUGAUGCACUCAUUUCUACUCUGGUACUCUGGUAAUAAUUCCUUCAAAACAACAAAGAGGACGAGAAAAAGCAAAGAACACAAGCAGAAGUGUUAGGUUAUAACGUUUUCAAAUGGCUCUAGCCUACAUGAAUAAAUGUUAAAUGGCAGGGAUCUCUGGUCAGAUUUCUCCAUCGGAUAUUGUAAUGACAUCCCAAAUGGCCCAGAGAACAGGACAGCUGAGACAUAACAAGGCUGGAGGUUCUUCAUCAGGGAUCUUAUCCACAGCCAGCUCCUUCCUCUGUUGGCUUGCUCUGCUGUCACUGCUUCGACUGCCGGUUGUAACAGCUGACUGCUGGCUUAUCGAAGGGGAGAAAGGCUUUGUGUGGCUGGCCAUCUGCAGUAUGAACCAGCCUCCCUAUGAAGCCAUUCCCUCCCACAUUAACAGCACAAUUGUGGAUCUGAGGCUGAAUGAGAACAAGAUACGGUCGGUGCAUUAUUCCUCACUAAGUCGUUUUGGAAACCUCACCUAUCUGAACCUCACCAAGAAUGAUAUCAGCUACGUGGAAGAUGGAGCAUUCUCAGCGCAGUUUAACCUGCAGGUUCUCCAGAUGGGCUUUAACAAAUUGAGAAACCUGACAGAGGGGAUGCUGCGGGGCCUGGGCAAGCUGCAGUAUCUCUACCUGCAAGCCAAUCUCAUCGAGACUGUUACCCCCAACACUUUCUGGGAGUGUCCCAAUUUGGAGAACAUAGACCUCUCCAUGAACAGGAUACAAGUUCUGGAUGGCAGUUUGUUCUCUGGACUUUCUAAGCUGACGACCUGUGAACUCUACACAAACCCCUUCAACUGCUCGUGUGAGCUUCUAGCUUUCCUGCGUUGGCUUGCCGUGUUCCCUAACAGAACCAGCGAACGAAUGGUGUGCGACUCCCCUCAAGGAUUCUCCGGCUACAACCUACUGAGCCAGAACCCCCGCAUGCCAGCCCAGCGCAAUGCCCUGCACGUGCUCAAUCUUGUAUGCACAGACGACGGCAGCAGCGUGACACCCUUUUACAUCUUUGACGCCACCACCCAGCUACCAGACUUCGCCUCCCCCUGCGGACUAGAUGAUUGUGCCUCUGGGACACCUCCCGAUGAUGUGAUAAGCAUCGGCCCCAUUUUCACAGAUUCCAACCCGAUCAUAACAAUGAAACAAGUGCAACAUUCAAGUGCGGUGAUAACGGUUCAGAUUCCCCAUCCGUUUAAGAAAAUGUACAUCCUGAUGCUGUAUAACAACAGCUUCUUUACUGACAUCCAAAAUCUGAACAAACACAGUGAGGACAUUGAGCUAAAGAACUUGAAACCUAACACAGACUACACAUACUGUGUGGCUUCUAUAAGAAACUCCUUGCGGUUCAACCACACCUGUUUGACCAUCUCUACCGGUCGAAGUGCCAGAGUUGAGACAAUACGCAAUCAGUCAUCCGCCACACAUUACAUCAUGACUAUUUUGGGUUGUCUGUUUGGUAUGCUGCUCUUCCUCGGCCUUGUUGUGCACUGCCUGAGGAAAAAGAGGAUCAUGGAGGAGAAGGAGAGAAAGAUGAGUAGAAUCCAGAGGACUUUGAUAGAGCUGAAGUAUAGUGGGGAAGGGGAUAUAGAGGGGGGGAGCGGAGGAUCUGUCUCACAAAAGCUCGCCGCGGGGGAAAGCUUGUCCAGAAUGCCCUACCUGCCCCAGGGAGGUGAGAUUGAUCCGUACAAGCUUCAGGAGGUGAUAGAAACUCCAGGACACAAGUCUGCUAAGCUGAACUACAUGGAGGUCAGAGGCUCUGGCAUUGAAAAGGAAAGGGAGCGAGAAAGAGAAAGAGAAAGAGAAAGAGAACGAGAAAGAGAAAGAGAGAUGUCACCACAAGCAAAUCCUCAGGGCUCAGUAGCUGAGAUCUCUACCAUUGCUAAAGAAGUUGACAAAGUUAACCAGAUAAUUAACAACUGCAUAGAUGCUCUCAAAUCUGAGUCUACAUCCUUUCAGCAGGGAAUAAAGUCUCCAACUGCAGGUGGAGGAGCUGUUUCUACAGAAGAGCCACAGUUGGUGCUUUUGUCUGAGCAAGGAGAGAGAGGAGGCGAGUUCCUUUCCCCCAUCUACAAGGGAGGAAGAGGAGGAAGAGAAGAGCGGUCAAGGAGUUACCACCCCUCUUUGCAACGACACCACAGCAUGGAAGCUCCUCCGACCACCAAACGGCCAAGCACCUCCUCCUCUCCUGGGUCUGCCAGGAGCCCUCGCUCCUUCCUCUCAGAGGGAGGGUACCACUCAUCAGAGUCCCGCUACAUUGAAAGAGCCUCACCUGGAGAAAGAGGAGGAGGAGGAGGAGGAGGAGGAGAAGCCACCCGCACCAUCAACCCAGCUGCGGCUAUCUUACGGGCUGAGGCGCAGAGAAUUCGUCAGUACAAUGAACACCGCCACUCCUACCCGGGAUCCCAACAGCAUCUCCAGGACCUUCAGCACCAUCCGCAGAUUUUGCAGGAGCUCCACCACCACCCAGGAGGUCGCAAGCCUUCUGUGUUGGAUCCCAUCACUCUCAGCAGGCAGGCUAAGCAGCGUGAGUUAACCUACUCCCAGCUGUCGCAGCAUUACCCGCUCUCACCCCAAUAUCACAACCUCAGCUACUGCUCAAGUCCUGAGGAAGAUGAGGAGGAGGAAGGGCUCCUAUGCACCCCGACCCUAGGGCUGUGGGAGAGGUUCAAAAUGCACCGUAAGAGGCAUCGGCAGGCGUCCUUAGAGGACGAAGGAUACGUGGCGGCCGGGCACGCUCUGAGGCGGAAGGUUCAGUUUGCCAAGGAUGAAGAUCUUCAUGACAUACUGGACUACUGGAAGGGCGUGUCUGCCCAGCAGAAAGCUUGAUCCCAUAUGUGAAGUUGCCAAACACCUUAAACUUAGAAAAACACCCUGCAUCCAUAAUAUACUGAUACAAAUAUGUGGACGUUUUCAUCAAAGACCUGUAAAUAUACACAAACAACUUAUGGCAUCUACACAAAUUUACUUAGCACAUACUUUACACACGCAGACACAACACAAACAUAUUUUACACAAACUAAGCCUUUUCCUCCUAAAACUGAUGAGGACCAAACUAAAAUACAUAUAAUCAUGAACAGAAAUAUGAAUAAAUUAUUGACACUGAGAUACUUUUUGUAAUGUAAUGGAAAUAAUAGCUCAGACUUAUGUAGCUAUUUGUAACUUUUGAAUGAAGAAAAGUAGGAUUAACGUUAAGAAUAGAAAAACCUUAAAAGUUGUUGGAAAACCCAUCUUGAACAGCCUAGUGAUGCUUUGGAUCCUCCCAAACUCUCUCACAGAAGACUCAAACUUCACUAGCAGAGCCAUACUUAUUAAUCUCAUGGGGAAGUUAAAGCUGCAUCAUGCCCGGCGAUACAACCAGAAAAGCAGGCAUUUAUGAUGAAUGUACAGUUCCAUUUAGAGGUUUUCAUACACUCAUCAAGGGCAUACAUGUCACAUUAAUCUUAGGCUAUUCAAUAUUUAUUUGGUCUGUUCUUUUUCAGGGUGGAAUAAAUAUACAGCAAGUAACUUGACAUUUAUUGUGGAUUUUCUCUAAGACAUUCAGAGUCAAACUUAACCAUAAAGCGUCAAUUACCUAACUGUUUUAAGCAACCAGCUUCAGGCAUUAUUCUGAUUGGAUGUUUGACCACACUUCUUUGAAGAUCUGGUAGGGCUUAGGGUCAUGCAAUAUAAGAAAUCAUGCAUUAGUAAUGUUAGCUGUGAAAAUUGCAAUGACAAUAUCACUUGCGAUAAAUCCAGUGACCUCACUUGUCUAUUUUUUAACUGUGUCCAGGACUCUCUGUAACCUUUAGCAUCCUGCGAUGUGUUUCAGACUCCAUCAAACAGGCUUGAUAUCUUAUUGACAUGCUAAAUGUGAAUGUAUGAUUCUCGGAAGACAUUACCAAAUGAUUACUGCUUUUCUAAUCUUCCCUUGAGAUAUUAUUAUUGCACACACUGAUUUUCCAAAAACCAAAAAGAAAUAUUCAAGCCUUUAUUUCUGUUAGUUAUAAUAAUUUUCCACUUACAGCUAAAGAAAACACAUCAUUUAAGAUUAGAAUAUUACAUCAGGCCAGUAAAACAUUUGUAAUACAGAAAUGUGGGCCUAAUAAAAAGUAUGUUUAAUACCUGCUAAAAGGUUGUUAUUUUCAAUCGUACUUUUAAUUUGAUAAACAAGCUUUACUGGAAUGCUUAUUCUAACUGAUUGAAUAUGACUGUAUGUACAAUAUGAGACUGGUGGAAGACAGAAAAUUCACCAUAACUUCUGACAUGUAGACCCAACUCUUGUUCUAAAAAAUCAUUGCACAGAUAAGUUUUAUUAUUAAUCCACCCUGGAAAAAUGUAUGUUUCAAAUAAACCAUUAAAGCCCCCAAAUUAUUAGCGAACCCGUCACCACAAUUGUAUUUCAGCCACAAUUUGGGAGAUUUAAAACAUCAAAUCAAAUGGUUCUGGAUGGGUGACCAAUCAGCAGUAAUAUUUACCUGUGCUGAGAUUGAGUAGGUAGCUCUUACGUGAGAGUGCGUAUAAUGUGCCAAAUCAACCGAUGGGGUAGUAGAGCCCUACUGUGUAUUAACUUCUUCUCACCACUGUUUUUAUAUAGAGGAUUUUAAAAAAAAGAAAAAAUAUAUAUAUAAUAUGUUGUUAUUAUUAUUCAUUAUUCUUAUUGGUAUCAUUAUUGGUAUUCUUAUUAUUCUUACGAUCCUCAGCAUCAAUAUUUUAUGAUUUGGAUAUGGCAUGGCUAUGUUGUGUGACUGUGUUUUUUGACUGUUUUGAACCUCUAAGCCGAGAAGUGCUCAAGAACAGAAACAAACACAACAGAAGAGAAAUUUGUGUCCUCCUUUUCUACCAAGAGGAAUGUGCUCUGUCCUCUGAGCCAAAAAAAACAACAAAAAACAAGCUAGCCUUUUCUGUUGGUGAACUUCUACUACAUGUGCUCUUCAUCAUCCUAAAGAGAGAACGCUGCACAGAAGAAUGAAAAGUUCUAUAUUUGCAACAAAUGUGACUGUUUUGUUUCUACAAAAUGGCUUUGAAAUCCUUCAGACCUUUCAGAAAUCAGAGUCCCGACUUAAUUACCUGUCUGUUCACCUACACUGGUACGUUUUUGAUUUUGAAAUCGAACAAAGAUUUUUAAUCUUCUAAUGAAUGUCUUCAAUCCCCACAGGGGAAGCAAAACUGCACUGUUCGAAAUCAUAAAACGACCAUUAUUAAAAGACCUAAAACCCUUAGCUUCCUUCCUGAUACACUGUAGCUCCACUGUGUUUUAUGAACCUUUCAUUUUAAUAAUCCAAAGUUUUUAGCUCUUUCUUUUUUAUUUCGGACUCUUCUGGUUCCACUGUGGUGCCAUUGUGCCAAACUUGAGAAAUAACAGGUAGUUGAACUUUUUUCAAAUACUGCUAAAUACAGACCUCUUCUGCAUCACAACAUUGCUAGACUGAACAACAAUUUGCACAAAAUGAUCCAUCUCCAUUGGCUCGCUGAAUCCCCUCUAUCCUCAAAUCCUUUGUAUGACCAAAGUACUGUGGUAGAUAAUUGACUCUUACACUCCCCUAACCAGUACACAGUUAUAGACCCAGCCUCACGCUUACAGUUUCUACAUCAGCACACACGUUCAUGCUCAUAGAAACAACCGGAUGAAUGUAUUCUUUGAGACGCUAUUUCUGUUCAGAGCUGGAUUAAAGCCUACAAGCAAAAAUUUUAUGGUUUCCGUUUUCAAACGUCCCUCAGAUUGCUACUGGUGGUUCAGAAUUGGAAACAAAUAGGGAAUUAUUGCCAUUGUACAAAAUUAAUUGCAUGUAAUUCGUGCCACAAAAUGAUCUCUCGAGCAAUUUUUAUUAAAGUAACAGCCAUGUUUUUUUGUGAAAGCGUUAUGUUAAAAUUUGAUGAGAUGUGGUAAGAAGAGGUGAUGAUUACUGUAUCUAAAAUAUCUAAAGGAUUAAAAGAGAUAGUUCAGAGUUUUUGGAAGUGGGGAUGUGUGGAGUUGUAAUCAGCAGCUAGUAUCUUACCUUGCAAUAGAAAGCACUCGGAAUCUUCUAAAGGUGAAACAAUGGGGCAAUCCCUGUUGGGAGUGGGCAUCUUCUUUUGUUAACUUCCUACUGAGGUAAAUUUGUCUUGCCAAAUAGAAAAGGUAGCAAGGUAGAUUCUUAUCUCAGACAUAUGAACGUCUGAAUAUAACUACAAAAGGAAUAUAUUUUAAAAUGAUACAUAAACUUUAAAAACAACCUAAAGCAACAGUUAGAAAACCUAGUUGUGUAGUUAGUUUAAAAUUAAGAAUGUAUUUCCCCUAGAGUCUUCUUCUGUUGCCACUUAAAUAGAGUUCCCCCACAAUGUUAUGGAUUCCAUUUAGGAAUAUUUGACCAUUCUUUCAGAAGAACAUUUGUGAGGUCAGGCACUGAUGUUGGACAAGGUCUCCGUUCUUUUUAACCCAAACGGAGUUCAAUGAGGUUGAGGUCAGGGCUCUGAAUGCCAGUCAAGUUGCUCAUGUUUGAACUGAAAAAGGCAAUCCCCAAAAUGUUCCCACAUGGCUGGAAGCAUCAAAGUCUCAGAACAAACAUUCCUUUCUCUCCUGAAAAAAGCUCCUGCUUUUGUGGCAACCUCCAAAGACUAUCAGAUUGCCUGACAUGAAUUUACCUUUCCCUAGAACUGGUUUCCACUGCUCUAGACUUCAGAUGUGCAGUUUUUUUUACUCCACUGUAGCCAAUGCUCUGCAUAACACUUGAUAACGUAAGGUUUGACUGCGGCUACUCCAUUCCAUCAAGUUCUCUCUCUUUGCUCUAACAGUUGCAAAUUUCUGUGUGUGCUGGCACUCUGUCUCGCGUUCCCUACCUCUCUGUGACUUCCUGUUGUUCCCAGCUGCAUUUUUGCUAUAAUACCACUUUCUCUUGAACUUGGACUGUUAGGUAGUGAGAAAACUUCACAAAUACAGUUAUUGCAUAGGUGGCAUCGUAUCACAGUAUCACUGAGCUUCUGAGAGGGACCCAUUCUUGGUGUUAUGCACCACAAAAGUGAUUGGAGGACUUCAAAUCAAUGAUUUGAAGGAAUGACUUAAUACUUUGGCAGAAGAGCUUAUUAACUGUGGAUACGAUGCUUACUGCUGAGUACAACCCAGCAAAGUUCACAUUAAAAAAAAUACCCCAAUUAUGCUUUUAAAUUUUAAAGGCAAACAUUACAAAUUUAUGAGAUGUAGAGAAAUAAUCUUUUAUGAUGGUAGAGCAAAGUCCAGUGUGGAACACAUUAAACCAGGAAUGGAGUCAAGAUCAUUUCAGUUGAACAGAUUUAAAAAUAAACAAGCCUGUAUUCACAUGACUAAUUAUAAUUCGUAGAAAAAAAACAGUGGACCUUUUUUAUAAUGCUUUCUGGUUUAAGGUGCAAAUUGACUGUAGCCUUGAAUAACGACAAUGUUUAUUGUUUAGAAACAGUGUAAAAAAAAUGUUCUCUGCUGUAACGAGUCCAGAAUGCUCAAGUAAUACUUACUGGUUAAAGCCAUAAUCAUGGGUUAGUUAAAUCCCCACUGUUUGUAGCACUGGACAAGCACAUGAUACAUGUGUGUAAAAAGAAGAUUUUUUUUGUUUUUAAACCGGAGCAGCAAUGACAUGGUUCCUCUGUGUUUCAGUCUGACCCUUACUCAUGAGAAAACUGUUAAGCUGCAGUUGGAUCUUACAUGCCCAAGAUUGUGGCUUUAACUAAGUAAUUACAAGCAGCCUUAAAACAUUUGGUUUUGUUUUAAUGUUUUUAACUUUAAUACUGCUUUUAAAAUAGUAAAAAAAUAAAUAAAUAAACUGGACUUUUUUAGUCGCUUGAGUCUUCAGCCUUACUUGAGCAUUCUUUGCGCACCAGUUAUAUAAAUGUAGCGAAGUACUUAUCUGUUGUUUUUGUUUUAAGUUUUUCUUUUAUUCUGUUUAUGAACAGUAAUAGCCUGGAUAUGUCAUGCGUCAGAGACUAGCCGAGCUUGGACGAAGACACCAAUGAGGAGGAGGUGGCUAAAGUGACCAGACAACAGCGACCACAACCAGUGCUGCUAUUCUUUGAACAUCAAGGAACACAAACUGUUUAUUUAAAACAAACAAUGCCUGGGAAAUGGAUAUGAACUGAGGUAUUAUCAACAAGUGACAGACACGACAGCGGUGAACCUCUGCCGAAGCUUGUGUUAUAUUCUUCUAGUGUAUAACUCAGGAGUGAGAAAGCAAGAGAGAACGUGAAGGGGAAGAACACGUCCUGCCAUAAGAUCUCUCAGAAGCUUUCUUUAUUUUCUUGUUCAAAAAUGAAAAAGAGCACAAAUAAAAUAGCCUUCCUUAAACCAA